UUUAAUAAUAAAAAAAAAGAUAAGCGAAUAAUUCAGAUUCUUUUUAAUCGAAUCUAAAAAACCCAAAUUCGACUCGCUCUCUCUCAUAUCAAUUUUGAUCCAACGGUCUCAUUCUUCCGUUAUUACUCUCUUGAUUUUUCUCGGGAAACCGAAGGAGAAAACAGAGGUCCACAACGAAUCUGACGGAGACGUUUUUAAGGUUUUUUUUCUCAUUGAAAGUUUUGGUUUUUUUUUGGUUGGAUCGAUGACGUACGGCGAUGGCGUCGAUAAGACGGUGCCUGAGCUGAAAUUGAGAAUGGAGGAUCCAGAGAAUGGAGGAGAUUAUGUGAAAUUAAGAGGAGGAUCUGAUGAAUAUGAUGAAGAAGAAGAAGGAUCAUCGAGGGGAUGUUCGUUAGGCUCCGUGACGUCUGUGUGGUUUUGGGUUAAAUUGAUCUCCCUUCUUGCUUGUGUUGGUGUUUUGGCUUUUGUGAUUAUUAAAUGGAUUGCUCCAUUUUUGAUCGAAAAGGUAUUGAUUCCAUUUAUAAAAUGGGUGAGAAGCACAUUCAGCAUCCCUGUACUUGGACUUCUCCUCUUUGCUUCAGUGGCAUUGUUCCCAACCAUUCUUCUUCCUUCCUCACCUUCCAUGUGGAUGGCUGGUCUUACCUUUGGUUAUGUAAAAGGGUUUCUGCUGAUUAUAUCAGCAGCAUCAAUCGGUGUUACUCUUCCUUUCCUAAUCGGACAUCUCUUCCGCCACAAGAUGCAAGAAUGGUUGAAGAAAUACCCGGAAAAAGCAGCCAUACUUCGAGCUGCAGGUGAGGGAACCUGGUUUCAUCAGUUUCAAGCUGUCACGUUGAUUCGUGUCUCUCCAUUUCCUUACAUGAUUUACAACUACUGCGCAUUGGCUACUGGAGUUCACUACGGUCCUUACAUCUUAGGCUCACUUGUUGGAAUGGUUCCUGAGAUCUUUGUCUCCAUCUACACGGGAAUAAUGCUCAGAACACUAGCUGUUGCAUCAGACGUGAGACACAGUCUUUCGGCCUUGGAGAUAGUAGUGAAUGUUCUUGGUUUCUGUGUAACUGCAAGCGCGACUAUAGUCUGCACAAUCUAUGCAAAGAAGAAGCUAAGCGCAAUGCAAACAGAGGAAGCAGAGACAUCAUCACUUAACGCUUAAAAGAGCAAUCACUAAACGUAUCACACCAUCUAACACGAUCUUGGAAGUUGGAACUGAUCAUAUUAUACUUUGUUUUUGAAAAAUGAAUAUCUCUGCUUUUUUUCUUGUAUAGAUAACAACAAAGUUCUGAUUUUUAUGUAUAUCUUCUUUAGAUAAUCUAAUUAUUAUUAUUUUCUUCACUCCAACUCAUGUGGUUCAUUCACUUCGGGGAAACAGAACUAACAGUAACGGUUAUAUGAGCUUUUGUAUAAAAAAAUGGAAGAACAACGGUCAA